CAGCCAGUGGCCAAGAUGUCCUCAGUGGGGAAGGCGACGGAGGUUCCCAGCGGGAAAGUCUACCAGCAGAUCUUCGAGGCUGAGGUGCAGCUGAUCCGCUCCCUGGCAGCCUCCCGGAAACGGUGUGCAGAGCAUUCCAUGGUCCAGAAAGAUGGCAGCAAGCCCUUGAUGAAGAAGGAUAUUCCUGAAGGGGAGAUGCUGUCUCCUCGGCAGCACAGGUGGAUGCACAGCCUGCCCAAUGACUGGGUCACGGAAAACCCCGUCCUCUACAGGGAAAAGAAAACAGCCAAGAAGAAAGAAGCUGAAGAGAGUGAGAGCACCAUCGCUGCCCGAGAGGUCCGAGGCCUCACGGACACCAUUGUUCCUGAGAGGGUCAGCAAGCUCACCCUGCAAGGAGACUAUAAGAGGACGGGCUACGAGAACGCUCUGAGGGGCUUUAAGGAGGAGAUCGCUCAGAUUGGGAUGGAAAUGGAACCGCUCAUCUUGGAGCCAGGAGUACUCCUUUUGCAAAAACUGGCUGAGUGUGACGAAAGCAUCAACCAUCUCUUCAAAACGGUGGAAAAUGACAACAACCUGGAAGACUACAACAUCCAAACCCUGUUGGAGCUGUGGGAUCGGGUAGCCGAGGAGUUCCUACUCCAGAAGCAGAGGAUUAAGGAGCUGGACGAGACACUGCACUCACUCGAGUUCUCCCGGGCAGAUAAACUAAAAAACGUAUUGAAGAAAUAUGUGGAAAUCAUAGAGAAAACAUCCUACCUGAUGCAGCCCGACGUGUACCGGCUGAUAAAUAAAGAAGCCAUGGUCAUAAACCACGCCCUGCUGGGCAACCGGAGGGCCCUCGCGCAGCUGUUUGUCAACCUGAUGGAGGCCACCCUGAAGCAGGAGCUUGAGAGCCGCCGCCGCUGGCAGAGCCUGCUGGACGCCUGGAAGUCUCUCAAGAAGGAGGCCCUGGUGCGGAGUUUUAGUGACUUCAUGGCCAGUGAGCGGAUCCAGACUCCUCCGGCUGUGAGGAAGGAGCUGGAGAGCAUGCUGAAGAACCAGAAAGCCCUGCAAGGAAAGCGGCUGAAGCAUCUCUGUUCCAUCUGUGACCUUCUGCCCCCCAAUUACAACAAAGCUCAGCUGGAUGAAUGGUAUUCUUCUUUCAACUCCCUGAAUAAGGACCUCGACACCUACCACCUGGACUGCAUGAUGCGGCUCCGCCUGCAGUAUGAGACGACCUGGCAGGAGUGCCUGGCGCAGGCGCAGCACUGCAAGGAGCAGCUGCUGGACUGGAAAGCCUUCACCGAGGAGGAGGCAGAGAGCGUGGUGAGCCCGUCCUUCUUCCAGGUGGUGGGAGAGUUCCAGAGCAAGGUGGAGGAGGAUCUGGAGUCCUUGGAUAAAUCCUUUGAGACCCUAGCGAAGCAGACAGAGCAGCAGAGCUUGGACAUCUUCCGCUACUUCCAGGAGGCCGUGCAGCUGUGGGAGGCACAUCAGAGCAAGCUGUCUGUGCAAAAGCUGGAGCUUGGGAAGCGGAUGGAGGAGAAGCACCAGAAGCACAGCCUGGAGAACCAGGCCCAGGAGGCCCACCUUGAUGAGCUGUUGGACCAACUGAGGCAGCAAAGCAGUGAGGGAACACUGAAGUCUCACCUGGAAAAGACCAAAGAUUUUCUGAAGGAUAUGAAAUGCAGGUAUGAACGUUUUCAUGUCCUCUUGACAAAAGAAGCAAUGGAGUAUUCAGGGAUCAUACUGAAAGAACUCAACACCUACAGCUCCAACCUCAGCCGACACUUCUUCGUGCGGGAAAUCUUUGAACAGAACUUGGAUGGGGAAGUCAUUCUCAAACUCAGGGAACCAGACGCACAUGAAAAGUGUUUCCAGGAGAGAAUGACAAAACUGAGGGGGAGGCAAAAGAGUAAAGAGGAAAUGAGCAAAAGUGAGGAAAGCAGAAGUAGAGACACAAGUUCCCCCUGGCCAGCAGAAGAGAUGGAAGAGGAAAGCUAUCAAGACACUGAGCCCUUCAUAAAUGAAGAGGUGGCAGUGAACCAGCAGGGAAAAUUCACACUGAGUGAAGAGCUGGAUGGGAUGAGAGAUGGCUCUAUUCAGGAAUUAGAAGAAAUGCAAGUUGAAGGAUACAGCUCCUUAAAACCAUCCCCGAACCAGGAAAAUGUGAUGGUUCAAGAAAAGGAGAAGGAAGAGGAGGAUGAGGAGGAAGAGAAGAGGAAGAUGAAGGAAGAAGAGGAAGAGGAGGAGGAAGAGGAAGAGGAAGAGGAAGAACAAGAGAGUUUAUCUAUGAUUGAGUCCGAAGCCCAGGAAGAGAGUCUAGGGGCUGAAUCCCCUGAGGACAUGGAGUCCUUCACAGUCUCCAGUGGGAACACUUAUUUUGUCUUCAUACCCCUGGAACAAGAAGAGGAGGAUUGCCAGAGGCCCUACACCAACCUUUCUUCCAUUUUCAUAGACGGCACUUCCAACACCAAGUUCCUAGAACGAGUAAUAAUUUCAUCCGCACUAGUUUCAGAAAUUAAGAAACAACUUCGAGCUGGCUUUUUUGAGCACUUAGAGAAGUGGUUUGACCAAUGUGCUCUCAAAGCCCGGGUCACGGUGGCCACCAAGAUUGAUGAGCUGAAUUCAGAACUGGAGCUGCGCCUACACCUGCACCAGCCAAGAGCCCAGCGCAUUGAAAAGGACAUCCACAAUGUCAGGGCAGCCGAGCUCUUGCUUCAUCAAGAGCGUUUGGACAGCCACUGUGCCGGGGUGACGGAGGCGCUGAGGAAGGAGCAGCUGAUGUUCUCCCAGUUCCAAGAAGAGCAAAACACGAAGACUAAAAACUUCCGCAGCAGGAUUUACGACAUGGAACACGUCUUCCUGAAUGCCACCAGGAGCCAGAAGCUGACCAGUCUCAGCAGCACACUGCACCAGGAGCUGCUCAGCUACGUCGAUGUCAUCCAGGUGUCCCUGCGCAGCUUCCGCCAGUACUUGGAGGAGAGCCUGGGCAAGCUUCGCUAUACCAACAUUGACUACAUCAAGCGCUGCAGAUUGUUUUCAGAGGGAGGCACCUUUUCUUCUGAAGAAAUUGAGUCACUGUGUAAUCGGCUGGAGAAGGAAAGUGCCCGGAUAGAGUUUGUUGAAAGCACAAUCAUGAUCAACAUGGAGAAGAUGGAGAGUGAGUACUUGGACCAGGCUAAUGAUUUCAUCAACAAGUUUGAAAGUAAAUUUCAUAACCUGUCUGUGGACCUUAUUUUCAUAGAGAAAAUCCAGCGGUUACUAACAAAUCUGCAAGUGAACAUCAAGUGUGAGGUAGCAAAAUCCAAUUCACACGCAGAUGGAUUAAAUUCUUCUUUGGAACAGCUUCAAAGCAAAGUAGAAAUGUAUCAAAACUCAAAGGAAGAUGAAAAGGUAAUGAUCACAGAAAACCUCCAUAGCUUCAUCCGAACUUGGAAAGAAAAACUGAGCCAGAGGAUUCAGUACCUCAACUGCAAGCUGGAGAGAGUAUCUGUGACUCAAGUGGUUUUUACUGACAACAUCUUGACUGACCUGGAGGUUGAGAGUGACAUCCUGGUGUCUUCAGAAGCCCUUGAAGAGGAGGCCAAGGUAGAUGUAGUCACCCCCGAGUCCUUUGCUGUGCCGAGCCGCAUGGGGAAGCCCAUGAUUGAAGACCCGGCUGUAGAGGUGGUCAAGAAGAUCCUGCAACUUCAUGACUCAAAAUGUUCAGUUCCCCCAUGUGACAAAACUCGAUCGCAGACAGGCUUGAAGCGGCAUCGGAACCAGGGAGAACACUCCGCGAAGACCAUGUUUGGUGGCAAUUCUGCCUCAAUAGGGAGUAUCACACGGGUCUCCAAGACCAACAGAAUGGAGAGAAAGUACCAGGUGCUCUGGGACCGACCACCUCCUCAGACCGAUGAUUUUAAAGGGAUCAUCCUGACCCUCCUCUGGGAGAGCAGUGAGCAUCUGAUGAAUGUCGUGGAGGAGUUUUACCGCAAAGAGAAGCGCGCAGUCACCAGGCCCGACUGCAUGUACGAUACCUUCGAGCAGUGCGCGGAGAACAUCCACAAGAAGCUCCUGGAGUACCAGGGCCAGACGGACGAGUACCACAACUCCUGCCUCAUAGAAUUACGAGCCCAGAUGAGGAGAUUUGAGGAGCUGCUGCCCCAGGUUUGUUGGCUGGUGAUGGAAAAUUUCAAGGAGCAUAACUGGAAAAAACUUUGCACCUCCAUCAAAGAGAUCCGGAAACAGUUCUGGAGUUAUGAGAAGCAACUGGAGAAAAGGAAGGAUAAAAAUGCCCAAAGUCUCCACCCAAAUCUUGGACACCCCAUACAUUCUGGACAAAUGCAGUCUCUAUGUCAAAUGGAAGAGAAAAGACAAGGAGAAUCGGACGCCAUGAUUAUGUCAACCAAGGAGAAGCUGGAGGAAUGUACCAGGAAGUUCGGCCGGUUAUUCAUAGUCAGCUUGGCCACCUUCACUGAGAAGUUCCUGCUGCAGUUGGAUGAAGUGGUCACCAUCGAUGAUGUCCAGGUUGCAAAGAUGGAGCCCCCCAAACAGAAAACAUCAAUUCUCAUUCGGAGGAAACUCGCCGGGCUCUCCCUGGAGGAAGAGAGUGAGAAGCCCCUGACUGAACGGGGGAGCAGGAAGUGGCCCGGAAUCAAACCCACCGAAGUCACCAUCCAAAACAAGAUUCUCCUCCGGAAAACACCAUCGAUCACCACCACCAAAACGACCCUGGGCCAUCUGGCAGCCGUGGAAGCCCGGGAUGCUGUGUACGUGAAAUAUUUAGCCUUGUUUGAAGAGGAGCUGAAGAAAAUCCAGGACGACAACACAGCGCAGAUGAAGGAGGCCCAGCGCUGGAAGGACUGCUGGAAGAGGUCUGUGGAUACCAUCAAGGGCCUGUACCAGUGA